AUGGAAAGAGAAUUCGGCAAGGAAGUCAAAGUCCCGAUGCUGCACGGCAGCGACGAUUACUUCGAGUGGGCCGAGCGAAUGCGGUACGCCUUGAUGGAAAAUAUGAUGACCUGGUGGGUCGUCUCGGGCGAAUAUCCCCGCCCCGAGGUACCCAAUGACCAGGGGACCAAGACUCGAAGCAGCUCUACGGACGAUGAGCUAGCAAAGGAGCUUCAACAGUGGAAGUUACAAAACAAGAUGAGACUGAAGCCCGAGGGAGCCUGGUUGACUCUUGAACACAACUUCAAGAAAGACUCGCUCCAACGAGUUCAUCAUUUAGAGACCGCGUGGAGGGAUCUACGCCAGAAGCCUGGCACUGACAGCUUCGCCAAGUUUGUUGCAGACAUUCAGAAUUUGGCCGGGAAGCUAAGCGCCAUUGGUCGUCCAGUCACAGAGAUCGACAAGACGGGAGCACUUGUCAAGGGGAUUCGGCCUGACAUGGCCAGUACAGUUCACGCAGUAAAGUGGGAACUGGAAGACGCCUUCGAAGACAAGAUGCGUGCGGAACAGGACGGCGUCAAGUAUGACGCAAGCAAGCACCGCAACAUUUUCGACAGGGCUGUACGUCGAUUGCGGGCUGAGGAAGAGCGGUUGCCCCCUUUCGUUGACAAGUGGGACAAGCCUGCAGGAUCGGCACUAGCCGCCCAUGGAAAGGGACAGAAACGCAGCGGGGGAGGUAGCAGACCAAACACUAACAAUGGCCCUAAGGCGCCCAUUGAGUGCUACGUCUGCGGCAAAAAUCACUUUGCUUACAGGUGCCCCGAUCGCAAGGGAAAGUCCAAGAAGGGCAGAGACGCUAAUGCCGCCGAUAAUUCUGCACAGGAGAAGGGCGGAACUGCAUUGACCGCACGUGCUCUCGGAGUUACCGACAUCCCGGACAGUUGGAUCAUGGACAGU